AUCCCACUGGGAUACUAGCUUCCUUAACCACACGGAAUAUAAAACACGAGGAUAUAUAUAUAUAAUAGAGUUGUGGAGACGUUUAGCUAUAUAUAGCUUGUUAGCCAGAAGGGGGAAUGGAGAAAAGCAUGAGGAUGGUAUUAAUGGCUUUGUUGGCUUUCACGAUGCUUUUAUCUAAGGGUGAAGGCCAAUUAGUAGAGAAUUUCUACAGUUUAUCUUGUCCAAACGUGGAAUCCAUCGUGAAACAAGCAGUGACUAACAAGUUUACACAGACCAUUACAACUGGACAAGCAACUCUGCGUCUCUUUUUCCAUGAUUGCUUUGUUGAGGGUUGUGAUGCCUCAGUGAUAAUCUCGUCGCCAAAUGGGGACGCAGAGAAGGAUGCAGAGGAGAAUAUUUCACUACCAGGAGAUGGGUUUGACACUGUCAUCAAGGCAAAGCAAGCAGUGGAAUCUUCAUGUCCUGGAGUGGUUUCAUGUGCAGACAUUUUGGCACUUGCUACCAGAGACGUUAUAGGCUUGCUUGGAGGUCCUUCAUUCAACGUAGAGCUUGGACGCAAAGACGGGCUUAUUUCCAAGGCAUCAAGUGUAGAAGGAAACCUUCCGAAAGCAAACUUCAAUUUGGACCAACUCAACGCGCUUUUCUCAAAGCACGGCCUCAGCCAAACGGACAUGAUAGCGUUAUCUGGGGCCCACACAGUGGGCUUCUCGCACUGUGACCAGUUCGCGAACCGUUUAUAUUCCUUCUCGUCCUCCAACACGGUGGACCCCACUCUGGACCCCAGUUACGCCCAGGACCUAAUGGCGGGGUGCCCUAGGAACCCCGACCCCACUGUAGCGGUUGCCCUGGACCCACAAUCCCCUGCGGCCUUCGACAACUUGUAUUACCAAAACCUGCUGUCGGGGAAAGGGUUGCUAACCUCAGACCAGGUUCUGUUCGAGGAUGCCACGUCACAACCAACUGUUGUUAGGUUCGCCAACAACGUUGCGGAUUUUAACGAUGCCUUUGUCGCAGCCAUCAGGAAGCUUGCAAGGGUUGGGGUCAAGACUGGGAAUGAUGGAGAGAUUCGGAGAGAUUGCACCACAUUCAAUUCUUGAAUCAUAUUACUUUAACCUAUAAGAAAUAAGUUUUAGCAUAAAAUAUACUAAAUUUUGUUUCAUAUAUAUAAAUAUAUGGGUUAAUUUCUGAAAGUGGAUAUUGAUAUAUUGUUUAAUAAUGUUUCAAUUGUGUUUGAUGAACAAACAAGGUUCAGGUACGUUUUUUUUAUUCUGCAAUGUGGAUGUACGUACGUUUUGAAAUGUAUUAUUUAGGUAUAUGCAUGUACAUGCAUGUGAAAUCUUAAUAGUCUUGAUAAUCUAUAUAUUAUAUGAUUGCCAAGAUUUGCUAAAUACGACAUUAGUUUUGA